GUAAAAGUAGCUUUUUCUCCACCCAAAAAAGGUUCUUUUGACUGCUUUUCAUGAAAUCUUCUGAUUCUUGAUUGAUUGCUAAUAGUAACUAAACAAAUUUUAUGAUUAAAUUCUUAUGUUUGAUUUUUCAGCAAGGACUUACAAAAUAUUUGCCCUUAUGCAUCAAAAUAUAACUUAGAAGAAGUAGUUGAAGAAGAAAGUCGUGUCUUUGAUUCUUGAAAUCUUUGUCUCUUAAUGUAAAAGUAGCUUUUUCCCCCUAGAUGAUUCCUUUGACCCUUCUUCAUGAAAUUUUUGGAUUCUUAAUGGAUUGCUAAUAGUAAAUAAACAAAUUUUAUGGUUAAAUUCUUUUGUUUGAUUUUUGAUCAACGACUUGUAAAAUAUUGUCUCUUAUGCAUCGAUCUGUAGAUGGAGCUUGCUGGGUCAGUUAUAGAACUUGUAAACAAGUUAUGGACUCCAGUAGGAACUUGCUGGGAAUAUCAUAGACACAUGGACCAACAUAUGAGUGAUUUGAGAAGGGAAGUGAAUGAACUAAACAGUCGGAAGGAAGAUGUAGAUUCAAGAUUACGUGCAGAGCUUAUUCCAGGGAAAUUACUUAAAAAAGAGGUUGAGCUUUGGUUGCAAAAUAUAGAGACUAUCAAACGUGAAACUUUUGCAAUUGAGCAAGAAGUUGCGAAGCGGAAAUAUCUUUCACGUGCACGCUUGGCAAAACGUGUUUUUAAGAAGAUAAAAGAAGUGGAGGAUCUUCGUCAAAAGGGUGAUUUUGGUGACAGUUUGAUGAUUGAUGAACCUGCAGAUGUUGGAGAGAUCUUACCUGUAACAACAUUAGUAGGUGAAACAGCCAAAAGCAAGAUGGAAGAAAUUUGGACCUGCUUGAUGGAUAAUGAUGUUAGAAAGGUUGGAAUUUAUGGCAUGGGUGGUGUUGGAAAAACAACCAUUAUGAAGCAUAUCAACAACAGACUCCAAAGAGGCCGUGACAAAUUUGAUAAAGUGAUUUGGGUGACAGUGUCACAACCACUAAAAUUUGGGAACUUACAGAAAGACAUUGCAGCUGCAUUGAAUCGAGAUUUUGCACAAUAUGGGGAUGAAACAAAAAUGGCUGUCAAGUUAUUUAAAUGGCUGGGAAAAGAGAAAAACUGGUUGUUAAUCCUUGAUGAUAUGUGGGAAGCAUUCAAUCUUGAGGAUGUAGGAAUUCCUGAGCCUACACCUGAUAAUGGAUGCAAAUUAGUAUUAACAACUCAAUUGCUUGACGUUUGUCGGAGAAUGGAUUGCAAGGAUAUCAAAAUGGGGCUUCUUACUGAAGAGGAGGCAUGGAACUUAUUUGUGGAAAAAGUUGGAAAUCAAGUUUUUAAUACCCCGGAAUUAGAAGCAACAGCAAAACAAGUUGCUAAUGAAUGUGCCUGCUUGCCUCUUGCAAUUAUCACUAUAGCUGUUAGUAUGAAGGGCGUAGAUGACAUAUAUGAAUGGAAAAAUGCUCUAGAGGAAUUGAGGGAAUCUACAAAGGGGCUUAGUGACAUGGGUAAGGUGUUUGAGCGGCUAAAAUUUAGUUAUGCGCGUUUGAAAGAUGACAAGUUCAGGCAGUGUCUCAUAUAUUGUGCAUUAUACCCGGAGGACUUUUUGAUCAAAAGGACACAGCUGAUAAGGAGUUUGAUUAGUUUAGGAAUAGUAGAUAAAAUGAAAAGUAGCGAAGCAGAGAUUGACAAGGGACAUACUAUGCUAAACAAGCUUGAAAAUGCUUGUCUUUUGGAAAGCAUUCCUGAUAAGAAAUAUGUGAAGAUGCAUGACCUAAUUAGGGAGAUGGUAAUACAGAUGAAAAGCAUGGAUCGUCAAAUCCUUGUAGAAGCUGGAGUUGGGUUAAGAGAAUUACCAAAUGAGAACAGAUGGAUGGAGGAACUUGAGAGCGUAUCCUUGAUUGACAAUCACAUAUCAGAAAUUCCUUCUAGAUUGUCACCAAAAUGUCCAAAACUUCAAACCAUGUUACUGGCACAGAAUAAAGAUCUGGUUAGAAUUCCAGAUUCUUUCUUUUCAUGCAUGCAUGUUUUGAGGCUUCUGGAUCUGUCUUGUACUGGAAUUGAGAAUUUACCAAACGCCAUCUCACAUUGGAGAAUCUUGUUGCAUUGUAUCUUAAGCAUUGCAAACGAUUGCAGUCCGUGCCUUCUGUAUUUAUCUAGUUUUAAUAUAUUUGUUGGGUCUCUGCAUGGCCGAGUGCUGAGAAAUUACUUUCUACAUCUGGGAGAGGAGGACUUGUAUACAGCUGCAGACUUCAAAAAAGUUGUAACAAUAAUUGAUUAUGGCAUCAGUGAAAAAGGCAUAGAAGAUUCACUUUUGGUCCCAAUUGAUGUUGAGUACCUGAGUAUUGAGAGGUGCCACAAUUUCAAAACCUUGAGCUAUUUUUCAACACAGAAGAAUGAAAUUCAUUUUAAUUCAGGUAAAGAAAGCCUGGCAAUGACAUCAACUUCUUUGCUUGCUACACCACAAUCAGUUCUUCCUAGUGCCUUUUCCAGUCUCACAGUUCUCAAAAUCCAAGGUUGUUCAAAUAUAAGGAGUCUGUUCAAACCUGGGUUGCUUCUACUACUUCAAAACCUUGAAGAGGUUCUUAUUUAUGACUGCCCACAAAUGAAGCAGUACUGCCCACAAAUGAAAGCAGUUUUUUACAAAACACAGAUGAGCAGGAAGUCAAUGCAGCAGCAAACCAAUUGCAGCAACCAUUUACCAAUGGAAAAUAAAGGUAUUGCCAUGAGGUUUGUUCUCCCCAACUUGAGGAGUCUCUCUUUGUGUAGGCUACCAGAAUUAAAAAGCAUCUGUCUGGGGUUGGUGCUUUGUCCUUCUCUCCUUUACAUGACAGUUACUGCAUGUCCAAAUAUAAGAAGGCUCCCGCUUGAGCUUCCGAUUGUUGAUGGUGUAGCAUUUGCUCCACCUAAUCUCGAACAGAUCUAUGUUCAAGAUGAAAAAUGGUGGGAAUCACUGGAAUGGGAUCAACCUGGCUCUAAGAUUGCCCUUCAACCUUUCUGCAAAUUACUAAAAUCAAGCCUAAAAUAUCUCUACACAAUUUACUCUAUCCAACCCCUCACCAACCGUACCAAGAGUUGGAUUGUUAGAGCUAAAGAAUCAAAAUCUGGCAAGGUUAUUAUUACAAACCCACUCUCCCGGUUCCCUUUUGAUCGAUUUAAGAAAACCUGGUUGGAAGUUUCUACGUUUGGUGAUGGAGUUUUUGAUGAGUUUCCUGAUGUUCUUGACUCGUUGGAUUAUAAAGUUUUUGAGAUCGGCAAGGCUUAUUUAAUUGAUGCUCCUGACAAAGGUGGAAGCCAUGGGACAGUGUCACAACCACUAAAAUUUGGGAACUUACAGAAAGACAUUGCAGCUGCAUUGAAUCGAGAUUUUGCACAAUGUAAGGAUGAAACAAAAAUGGCUGUCAAGUUAUUUAAAUGGCUGGGAAAAGCGAAAAACUGGUUGUUAAUCCUUGAUGAUAUGUGGGAAGCAUUCAAUCUUGAGGAUGUAGGAAUUCCUGAGCCUACACCUGAUAAUGGAUGCAAAUUAGUAUUAACAACUCGAUUGCGUGACGUUUGUCGGAGAAUGGAUUGCAAGGAUAUCAAAAUGGGGCUUGACGUUUGUCGGAGAAUGGAUUGCAAGGAUAUCAAAAUGGGGCUUCUUACUGAAGAGGAGGCAUGGAACUUAUUUGUGGAAAAAGUUGGAAAUCAAGUUUUUAAUACCCCGGAAUUAGAAGCAACAGCAAAACAAGUUGCUGAUGAAUGUGCCUGCUUGCCUCUUGCAAUUGUCACUAUAGCUGGUAGUAUGAAGGGCGUAGAUGACAUAUAUGAAUGGCAAAAUGCUCUAGAGGAGUUGAGGGAAUCUACAAAGGGGCUUAGGGAAGAAAUGGAUCAGGUGAUUGAGCGGCUAAAAUUUAGUUAUGCGCAUUUGAAAGAUGACAAGUUCAGGCAGUGUCUCAUAUAUUGUGCAUUAUACCCGGAGGACUUUUUGAUCAAAAGGACACAGCUGAUAAGGCGUUUGAUUAGUUUAGGAAUAGUAGAUAAAAUGAAAAGUAGCGAAGCAGAGUUUGUCAAUGGAUAUGCUAUGCUAAACAAGCUUGAAAAUGCUUGUCUUUUGGAAAGCAUUCGUGAUAAGAAAUAUGUGAAGAUGCAUGACCUAAUUAGGGAGAUGGUAAUACAGAUGAAAAGCAUGGAUCAUCAAUUGCUUGUAGAAGCUGGAGUUCGGUUAAGAGAAUUACCAAAUGCGAACAGAUGGACGGAGGAACUUGAGAGCGUAUCCUUGAUUGACAAUCACAUAUCAGAAAUUCCUUCUAGAUUGUCACCAAAAUGUCCAAAACUUCAAACCAUGUUACUGGCACAGAAUAAAGAUCUGGUUAGAAUUCCAGAUUCUUUCUUUUCAUGCAUGCAUGUUUUGAGGCUUCUGGAUCUGUCUUAUACUGGAAUUAAGAGUUUACCAAACUCCAUCUCCACAUUGGAGAAUCUUGUUGCAUUGUAUCUUAAGCAUUGCAAACGAUUGCAGUCCCUGCCUUCUGUAGCAAAGCUAGGUGCACUAAGGGAGUUGGAUCUCAGAUAUACUGGAAUCCAACAUGUACCUGAAGGCAUGGAAAGUUUGAUCAAUCUCAGGUAUCUUAAUCUCUAUGUGCGAGAUCUAGAGUUACCAAUCGGAAUAUUACCAAAGCUCUCUUGCCUUGAAUACUUCCGACUGUGGUCGAGAUCAAAAAAUUUGAAAGUAAAAGGUGAGGAAUUGGUAGGCUUGAAAAUGAUAGAAAAAAUUGAAUGUCAAUUUUACAGUUUAUCUAGUUUUAAUAUAUUUGUUGGGUCUCUGCAUGGCCGAGAGCUGAGAAAGUACUUUCUACAAUUGGGAGAGGAGGACUCGCAAGAACAUAGUGACUUCAAAAAAGUUGUAAGAAUAAUUGAUUAUGGCAUCAGUGAAGAAGGCAUAGAAGAUUCACUUUUGGUCCCAGUUGAUGUUGAGUACCUGAGUAUUGAGAGGUGCCACAAUUUCAAAACCUUGAGCUAUUUUUCAACACAGAAGAAUGAAAUUCAUUUUAAUUCAGGAAAAGAAAGCCUGGCAAUGACAUCAUCUUCUUUGCAUGCGACACCACAAUCAGUUCUUCCCAGUGCCUUUUCCAGUCUCACAGUUCUCGACAUCCAAGGUUGUUCAAAUAUAAGGAGUCUGUUCAAACCUGGGUUGCUUCCACUACUUCAAAACCUUGAAAAGGUUGAUAUUUAUGACUGCCCACAAAUGAAGCAGUUUUUUACAACAACAGAUGAGCAGGAAGGAAGCAGCAGCAACCAUUUACCAAUGGCAGCAACCAUUUACCAAUGGAAAAUAAAGGUAUUGCCAUGAGGUUUGUUCUCCCCAACUUGAGGAGUCUCUCUUUGUGUAGGCUACCAGAAUUAAAAAGCAUCUGUCUGGGGUUGGUGCUUUGUCCUUCUCUCCUUUACAUGACAGUUACUGCAUGUCCAAAUAUGAGAAGGCUCCCGCUUGAGCUUCCGAUUGUUGAUGGUGAAGCAUUUCCUCCACCUAAUCUCGAACAUAUCUAUGUUGAAGAUGAAAAAUGGUGGGAAUCACUGGAAUGGGAUCAACCUGGCUCUAAGAUUGCCCUUCAACCUUUCUGCAAGUUUAUAUAUAAUUAAUGCAAUCUGACAAGGAUAAGCUGUUCAAGGAUCUGUAAAUGCUCAGGCAAUCAUUAUUUUCUAGCUAGACUAUACUAUUAUCUAUCCUUAAAAGGCUCAAAGCUCACCAGGAGCUUGUUUGGGGUAAAUGAAUUCCAUAAAAUUGUAUGGAAUUCAUUUAUAAAUCCCAUUUUUCAUGUUUGGUAUAAAUAAAAAUUCAUUCGAAGUUCCACGUGUUUAAUUCUAUGGAACAGGCUGUGCGUGGACCAAAUUAUAUCGAAAUUGAUAGAAUUUGCAAA